CCUCCGCGCCGCGCCCGCCCGCAGCCUGCGAACAAAGGCAGCCGCCGACUCCGGGGCGCCGCACCGCACCGCACCGCACCGCGCCGCUCGGCCCCGGCCCCGGCCCCCGCCCCCGUCCUCGUCCUCCGCCCUCCUUCCAGGCGGCGAGGGCUCAAGAUGGCUUUAGCCCGGCUCUGCGCCCUGCUGUCGUGCUGCUGGGUGCCCGCCGCGGCCGCGGCCCCCGGCGCGGCGGAGGCGGACGCGGACCCCUCCAAGGAGCUGGAGUGCAAGCUCAAGAGCAUCACGGUGUCGGCGCUGCCCUUCCUGCGGGAGAACGACCUGAGCAUCAUGCACAGCCCCUCGGCCUCCGAGCCCAAGCUGCUCUUCUCGGUGCGCAACGACUUCCCCGGGGAGAUGGUGGUGGUGGACGACCUGGAGAACACCGAGCUGCCCUACUUCGUGCUGGAGAUCUCUGGGAACACGGAAGACAUUCCCUUGGUGCGUUGGAGGCAGCAGUGGCUGGAAAAUGGUACUUUGCUUUUCCAUAUCCACCACCAAGAUGGUGCCCCCAGUCUUCCUGGCUUGGACCCCACUGUAGAACCCCAGACAGAGUCAGCGGAAGAAGAGCUAAGGAUCCUUCACAUCUCGGUCAUGGGGGGAAUGAUUGCCUUGCUGCUGUCUAUCCUGUGCCUGGUGAUGAUCCUCUACACCCGUCGGCGAUGGUGCAAACGGCGUCGGGUGCCGCAGCCCCAGAAGAGUGCCAGUGCCGAAGCAGCCAAUGAAAUCCACUACAUCCCCUCUGUCUUGAUUGGGGGCCAUGGGCGUGAGAGCCUGCGCAAUGCCCGCGUGCAGGGGCACAACUCCAGUGGCACCCUGAGCAUCCGUGAGACACCCAUCCUGGAUGGCUACGAAUACGACAUCACUGACCUGCGGCACCACCUGCAGCGGGAGUGUAUGAACGGUGGCGAGGACUUCGCCAGUCAGGUUACCAGGACCUUGGACUCACUGCAAGGCUGCAAUGAGAAGUCCAGCAUGGAUCUGACACCAGGAAGCGACAAUGCCAAGCUGUCCUUGAUGAACAAGUACAAGGAUAACAUCAUUGCUACCAGCCCUGUGGACACCAAUCACCAGCAGGCCACCUUGUUGUCCCACACCUCUAGUAGCCAGCGGAAGCGGAUCAAUAACAAAACAAGAGCUGGCUCAGCUUUCCUAAAUCCUGAAGGGGAUUCUGGGACAGAGGCUGACAAUGACCCACAGCUGACCUUUUACACUGACCCAUCCCGGAGUCGACGACGCAGUAGAGGAAAUCAUCCAGCAGUGCCAUUCAAGAUGGUUUUACCAUCCCGUUCUGGCCUGAAUCCAAUUUUUGUGGGCUCACCCAGGAGUCCUGUGAAUAAGACCACUCUGACUUUGAUAAGUGUCACCAGCUGCGUGAUCAGCCUGGUGUGCUCGUCCCACAUGAGCUGCCCACUCAUUGUCAAGAUCACCCUGCAUGUUCCUGAGCACCUCAUUGCUGAUGGGAGCCGCUUUAUCCUGCUGGAGGGCAGCCAACUGGAUGCCAGCGACUGGCUGAACCCAGCACAGGUUGUCCUCUUCUCCCAGCAGAACUCCAGCGGGCCCUGGGCAUUGGAUCUGUGUGCCCGACGACUUUUGGAUCCAUGUGAACACCAGUGUGACCCAGAAACUGGUGAGUGCCUUUGCUAUGAAGGUUACAUGAAGGACCCUGUGCACAAACAUCUCUGUAUCCGGAACGAGUGGGGCACAAACCAGGGGCCUUGGCCAUACACAAUAUUCCAGCGCGGAUUUGACUUGGUACUGGGAGAGCAGCCUUCUGAUAAGAUAUUUAGGUUCACCUACACCCUGGGGGAAGGGAUGUGGCUGCCUCUGAGCAAGAGCUUUGUGAUUCCACCUGCUGAGCUGGCCAUCAACCCCUCUGCCAAAUGCAAAACGGACAUGACAGUGAUGGAGGAUGCGGUGGAGGUCAGGGAAGAACUGAUGACCUCCUCCUCCUUUGAUAGCCUGGAGGUUCUCCUGGAUUCAUUCGGACCAGUUCGGGAUUGCUCCAAGGACAAUGGUGGCUGCAGCAAGAAUUUCCGAUGCAUCUCAGACCGCAAAUUGGACUCCACCGGUUGUGUGUGCCCAACAGGACUCAGCCCGAUGAAGGAUGGCACCGGUUGCUAUGAUCGACACAUUGGGGUAGACUGUUCGGACGGCUUCAAUGGCGGCUGUGAGCAGUUGUGUCUCCAGCAGAUGGUGCCCCUGCCAGAAGACCCCACUCUGUACAAUAUCCUCAUGUUCUGUGGGCCAUCACUGAGAUUAGCAAGAGAACCCCUCCCACCCCCACCAGGGCAAGCUGUAUUCUUUUCCUUGGGGAGAGCAAACAGGUGCAUAGAAGACUACAAACUUGGAGUGGAUGGGCGAUCGUGCCAGCUGAUCUCGGAGUCCUGUCCAGAGGGGGGUGACUGUGGAGAGAGCCGAGAGCUGCCCAUGAAUCAGACUCUGUUUGGGGAAAUAUUUUAUGGAUACAACAACCACUCGAAGGAGGUGGCUCCUGGACAGGUGUUGAAAGGGACAUUCAGGCUGAACAACUUUGCCCGGGGCUUGGAGCAGCAGCUUCCAGAUGGCCUGGUGGUGGCUACUGUCCCAUUGGAGAACCAGUGCCAGGAGGAGUUGUCUGAGCCCACGCCUGAUCCAGACUUCCUGACUGGGAUGGUGAAUUUCAGCGAGGUGUCUGGAUACCCUUUGCUGCAACACUGGAAGGUUCGCUCGGUCAUGUACCAUAUCCGCCUCAACCAGCUGACCAUCUCUCAGUCUUUCAGCAAUGCCCUCCAUUCUCUGGAUGGAGCCACUUCCCGAGGAGAUUUUGUGGCCCUCCUGGACCAUUUUGGUAAUCACUACAUCCAGGAGGCAGUCUAUGGCUUUGAGGAGUCUUGCUCCAUCUGGUAUCCCAACAAGCAGGUCCAGCGACAACUCUGGCUAGAAUAUGAAGACAUCAGCAAAGGAAAUUCCCCCUCGGACGAGUCGGAGGAGCGGGAACGGGACCCCAAGGUUCUCACCUUCCCCGAGUACGUUGCCAGCCUGUCGGAGUCGGGCACCAAGCGCAUGGCUGCCGGCGUCCGCAUGGAGUGUCAAAGCAGAGGCCGCUGCCCCUCAUCUUGCCCACUUUGCCACGUGACUGUGAGCCCAGACACACCGGCAGAGCCAAUUUUGCUGGAGGUCACCAAAGCAGCACCUAUCUAUGAGCUGGUCACCAACAACCAAACCCAGCGGCUGUUGCAGGAGGCCACCAUGAGCUCCCUCUGGUGCUCGGGGAGUGGGGAUGUCAUCGAGGACUGGUGUCGGUGUGACUCAAGCGCUUUUGGUGCUGAUGGGCUCCCAACCUGCGCACCCCUCCCACAUCCAGUCCUGAGGCUCUCCACAGUGCAUGAACCCAGCAGCACAUUGGUGGUGCUAGAAUGGGAACACUCAGAGCCACCGAUUGGAGUGCAGAUUGUUGAUUACCUCAUCCGCCAGGAGAAGGUCACCGACAGGAUGGAUCACUCCAAAGUAGAGACCGAGACGGUGCUGAGUUUUGUGGAUGACAUAAUUUCUGGAGCCAAGUCCCCCUGUGCAAUGCCAGCACAAGUGCCUGACAAGCUGUCUUCUACCAUCUCCUUGAUUAUUCGCUGCUUGGAGCCUGACACCACUUACAUGUUCACACUUUGGGGAGUUGAUAACACAGGGAGACGUUCAAAGUCAAGUGAUGUGACAGUCAAGACCCCAUGCCCCGUGGUAGAUGAUGUGAAGGCUCAAGAAAUAGCAGACAAGAUCUACAAUCUUUUCAAUGGCUACACCAGUGGUAAAGAGCAACAAACAGCUUACAACACCCUGCUGGACCUGGGUUCACCCAGCCUGCACCGGGUCCUCUACCAUUACAACCAGCAUUAUGAGAGCUUUGGAGAGUUCACCUGGCGAUGUGAAGAUGAGCUAGGACCCAGGAAGGCUGGCCUCAUUCUCUCUCAGCUUGGGGACCUCAGCAGCUGGUGCAAUGGCCUCCUCCAGGAGCCCAAGAUCAGCCUCCAGCGCACAUCACUCAAAUACCUUGCCUGCCGCUACAGCGAGAUCAAGCUCUAUGGACUCAACUGGUCAGAGCUGAGCCGGGACCUGAAGAAGACAUGUGAAGAGCAAGCACUAAGCGUCCUUUACAAUGACUAUGGUGACAAAGACUACUGAGGGUUUGAGGAGCUACUUACAACCCUUAAAGGAAGAAUGGAAAAAAGGCAGUUGUGGGGGAUUUAUAAAAGGACCUUCAGGGGGUCACUGCAAUCUCUAAGGACCUAAACCAGGGAGAGAACCUACUGCUUCUCGGUAGCACUUACCUGGUAUUAGACUCUUCUUCAACAUGGCCAAUAGCCUUUCUAGUUAAAGGUCUCAUGAGACCCAGGGUUGUUUUUUUGUUUGUUUGGUUGGUUGGUUCUGCUCAUUUUCCCCUUAGAGGUUCUUUGAACUGCAGGCAUGAACUUGCACUCUGGAAUGGAAAAUAAAUUUUUAAAGGUUUGACCUCUUCUCUAAACCCCUCCAAAAUCCUCAUACAGAGUGCAUCUCAAAUUACAAAAAGAGCAAAAUAAUCGAGGCCAGAAGCAGAGAGAAAUCCUGUUUGGAACUCAUAACCCAGCUACUAAAUUAAAGUCAGGAUUGGAACAAUGGUGACAAGGCAUCCAAGUCGGUUUAAAUAGUUUUUGUUGAGGAUCUUAGUCUGGGAUUGGAUCCGAGCAAAAGGUGUUGCUGCAGCCAAGACGGUUUUGCCUCUGUUGCAAAACAUGAACUCUGGACUGCACUGCAAACCACCUUGCUUCACUACAGGGUGAGGAGUUUGCCAGUAGGCACAUCUCAUCAUCUUCACUCUGUCCCCUGGUGGUGGGAUCCUGCAGACUCCUUCCACCUUGUAGUCAGCCCGAGCUGGUGAGUCCCAGUGAUCACUGCUGCAGCCCUGUUCAUCUCAGUGAGCUUUUCUCCUUGAACCAAAUUCUUGGGAAGUAAGUCUCUCCCAUCCCCUCUUCCUUCCGCAUAGUAAAAGUUACUAAAUAAUGACUGAUGUUUGCAGGGAGCUGUAGCCAAGGUGUACAUACCAGGGCAGCAUUUACCAGGCUGGUUCCUGUGUCACUAAACCCCAAAACAUGACACAGAACAGCUUUCCAGAGGAGCGGGACUCUGGAGGGUAGGGUGAUGUGGGAGGAGUGAGGGAAUAACAGUUCUGCUUUUCAUCAGGGGUUGCCUCUCUAUGUUAGUUUGCCUCCCCAUCCAUUUUCACCUUACCAAAGUGAAGCUCCAUCAUAAUGGAUUGGAGUAGGGCUUAUGCCCCUGAAUAUCCACUGAGAUUAGUUUAGCCAGGCACCUUGCUACCUCCUGACGAAAUGUGCAGGCCACCCAUUGGGAGAUCCCUUCUAAUAAACAGGUUUUUGGCUUCUCCCAUUAUGGAGCUCAAGUGCGAUUGCUCUCCCUCCUUCUAGCUCUCCUUGACUGGUCCCCUCAGUCCCUGCUACCCUGUGGGGGCAUCUUGCUGCAGAAGAAUUGAGGAUUGAGACCAUUACAGUAAGAAGUCCCCCCUGUAUUAAGAUCUGCUGUUGUCAUUAACGUCUCCUUUUGAAACUCUUGUUAACACCACAGAGGCAAGGCAGCUCUGGGAGGCUGGGCUCAGUUUAGUUCCAGUUCAUUGGCAGAAUGUCUCAUCAUGAUAUGAUGAGCAGCAAGAGCUGAACUUGACCUUCAGAGCCACCCUGAGUCUGUAGAGGUCUGGCCAAUAGAGAAGACCAUCUUUGGGCUUGUCAGCUGGCUGCUCUGGGAGACAAAUGUGGGUCAGGUGAUGGGAUUUUUUUUUGGCACCUUUUCCAAACAGAAUUUUCCUUUCGCAUUGCGGUGCUGGCUGGAGCUAUCUUAGCUUAUGUUUUAUGUUUUUCUGUCACCCCUCCUUUUCCCACAACGUGCCAAGGACAUACAUCUAACAUUUUGCUGUGCAUCUAGUUGAGCUAAAUAGUUCUUGUCUGAAGCCUCUCUCCUCAGCUAAUUGUGCUACAUCACAGUAUUCCUUAGUAUGUCCUUAGACCAACACGGCUAAAACCUACACCCCUACAUCACAGUAUUUGUAUUCAACAUGCACUGAGAAAUUUCCUCUCUGAAUAUAUCAGCUGUCCCUGUAUCCUGUUCAGAAUGGUAGGCAUAGGAUAAAUUCUACCUGAUACUAGGGAAGAUAGACUUAUGAUCAGUUUGGACAAGCCUGGUGUUAGGAAGUAGCUGGCCUCAAGUGGCAAGUCAGCAAGAGCAGACCUGGAAGAGUGAGCAACAGAUGUGUAGUGAAUGUGACCAACAGGAAAGAGGAGCCUGAGUUGCAAGGGUUGGCUUCUUUGAUUCUGGAUAGAUUGUAAGAUGCUGCCCAGUGUUCAUAGGAAAGCAAAAAGCCUUCCCAUUGUGCAUUUCUUCAGCUAUACAGAGCUGGAGAGGAGGGUGCAGCUCUGGAUAGUGGUUAUACCCAAACUCAGUUGAUUUUUAUUAUAAAAUUGCCCCCCACUUGCAUAGUCAAUAAUAUCAUCAAUGCCUGUCAGUUAAUCCAGUGCAAUUUUGCUUUAUGGUUUGUCUGGCUGGCUCUGGGUGCCUGCCAGUGUGUUCUGCUCAAAGGAUCUCAAGGUACGUUACAAAGCAAUGCUGAACUGGACACCAGGAGUUCAAUGAGCUUGGGCAGUCGCACAUUCUCCCACUGACACCCCUGUGUAUUUAAGCUGGUUCCAGUCCCUAGAAAUCUGGGCUCAGGCACCUUAGUUUACCUCUACUUUUUCCCUCCCAACAACAACAAAACAAGAGAACUUUUAAUUUUUAUCUGGGCACCUACACAGAGAUGGCCAAAAGGGACUUCCGUUUAGUCCAGUUAAACCUGAAUGCCUUUGGCCUUGAAAUAAACUUUGUGCUCACUGAGCAAUAUUGCUUAGGUGUCUUUUUUUUCUGAAACACAGAUGUUUCCUUUUGCUAGCAGACACAUCACUUUUAUUGCUUACUAGGGACAGGAACAUAGAUGGAGGUGGUGCAGACUGUGCCAGCCUAGACUGCUGAACUUUGCCAAGAAAACCCUGCAAAGUCCAGACACUCCGGGCAUUCACAUCUGUCUAGGUUAUUUAUUUGUACUACUCAAGAUUUAUGAUGGGACUUUGCAGCUAUUUCCAUAUUGCUUCUGCUCUUGCAUUUCAAAGCAUUUGCAUUGUAGGUUUAUGACAUCAAAAAGCCUCUCCAGCCAACCCAGUCUUAGUGUCGGGCCCCCUUUCUUACCCGAGAGACUAGAGAAGGAGAUCAAAUAAGCUAUGAAGUCCAGCUCUGUCCCAAUGCGGGGUUAUUUCUAGUACUCAUCUCUUGUAUAUCCUCCAGUCCUUCAUUCAUCUCAAUUUUUAAAGGGGCUGCAGUGUAGGGGUUUCUCUUGGGCCUCUGUGGUCAGCCUCAGUGGAGAAUUGGUCCAUGAGGGUCACAAGCUGGAAAUACUGCCUGACAACAAUCCCGUAUCCCUACCCUCAAAUAUGGGGGAGGGAGGGUCAUGUGAGUAGUUGAUACAGCUUUAGUAAGUUAUGUUAGCCUGGCACCUUGAUGUUCUGUCUUCAGGACACUUAAUUUGUGUUACAGUAACACUGGGAAACUCCAGUUGAGUUCCUGUUCCCAAAGUUCAGUCUUGUCCCAAAAUAGGCAAAGGAUCAGAGGUGAAGUGGCUUGUCCAGGGUCACACAGGAGGACUGUUGCAGUGCUGAGAUUAGAGCUCAGGUUGCCUGGCCCUGCAGCUCACUGUCCUAUCCACAAGACGAGGCUGCCUCCCUCUGAUGCCAAACAGUUGGUAUUCAUACAGUUAUUUCUCUAGUAUCAUAGCCACAUGAGACCUGUUCAGGUGAGGAUCGCCUAGGGAUGUGCUGGUAACAGCACCUUCUGCUACUACUGAAGAAGAUAAGGCCUUGGAUUCUAAUGACAAAGGAAUGAGGGACCCUAUUUUUAAGCUCUUACUGGCCUCCUCAAGUACUGGGAACAUAGCUCACUCCACCUGAGAGCCAUUUUUUUUAUAUAGAGAGAGGUUCUGAAUAUAUAAUUUUUUUUUCUCUCCAUCUUCCUUAAUGUUACAGCUCAGUUGCUCUGUUGGGAACUUAACCCUGGUUGCACAUUAUUAUUACUAACUCUGAAUUAAUAUUUCUUUAAGGUCAGAGUCUUUUUAAGGUAAAGCUGAUUGACUGUGGUAGUGACCCAGAACCAAGCAGGAGUUUGUGUUAUAAUCUGGCUGUGUCACCAUUACAUGUGAUCUGCUUGCCAAAAACAACUUUGGAAUAAAGGGCCAGGUCCUCAGGAAUUGACAUCUGUGGAGAACAUUGUCUUCUGUUGACCAGUGAUUUACAAUGACUUGCACCAUCUGCUGGCUCCAAAAAACUCAAGGCUCACUAACCACAUGUGCUUCUGGGGGAACUUCUCUUCCAUUGAGUUCUAUGAAAUGCUCUGCUAGGUGUGUGCAGUCACAAAUGGCUCUUGCGAAGUAUUAAGCCUUGAAUCUUGGCAUUUUCUAACCAAAUGAAUGUUUGAGAGAAAGUUUUUGUAUGACUAAGUCCACAACUCCCCCAGCCCCUUUGUUUAUUUCUGAAUUAAUGGGGAAAUGAUUCACUAAAGGCGAACCUCUCCUUUUUUUUUUCUUGGACAUACCUGUACCACUGUAAUAGCAUUUACUACCUUUUACUUGUUGUGCAAUUAUUUAACAAGAAGAUUGUUUGGUCCUUUGUUUUUUUUAAAUUACUACAAUUCAUGUUCCUUGAUGUUCUCUUAAAACUCUAAUGUGAUGUUUUACUACUGUAGAUGGAAAGUAGGGGGUAUUAGGGUGGGGGGAACAUGUGGCAAAAAAAAACAAACUUCAGGAAUUACAGUAUUAUUUAAAAAGGUUUUAAAAAUAAUUGUAACACUAUGUAAAAAUCAAGAUGAAGAUUUAACUAACUAUUAAAUGGAGCUGUUAGUAAUC